CGCUGUUUGCUGUGUAAUCUGUGCUCGCUCUGUUCUGCGACUGACAGACAGGCAGACAGCAAUCCUCUCUUCUUCCUUAUUUCUUUUGAUUCGAUUGUGUAAAGAAUGGUAGAUUGAAUUAAGGCCUACUUAAACUUGAUUUUCUAGUACUACUUAUCAAAACAAACGUAAUAAAAUAAUAGUGACAAUAAAAUCAAAGAUUAUUUCUGUUGUGUUUGAUGAAGUGAAAUGUGGUCGAUGACAGCGUGAAAACGGUGCUACGUAAGUAUAAAUCGACCGAAUUAUACGACGAAUAUCGUGUGUAUUAAUUUAUAACAACAGUAUACCACUGUAUUUUGCCGCAUAAUAGUGUUGGUGGCUGUCAAUUCCUGACAGGUAAGUACAUAAAUGUAUUGUAGUAAAAGCAAGCGAGCACAUAAAUCAGUCGUAGUUCCUUUUCCAUAUUACGUUGUGAAAACUGUUGAUUUUUGUUGAAAUUCCAUAGGACAACUGUGUAAUGUAAAGUGCUAGUGGAAUUACAUGGAUCAAACAGGAGCGCAGCACCGACUAGAAGAGCUAGAAAUAAUAACAAUAAAAUAAUAACAAAAUAUUUUUUUAGCAACAAAAAAAUAAAUUAUGUUACUUAUUGUAAAUAUGUAUUGAGUGUAAACAUAAUUUCUAACUACUGUGAUCUCUUAACACGUGAUUAGUGUAAUAUUGUUUUUUUUAUACAUGUAUCGUGGUUGAUUUUAGUGCAAUUCCAAGGGUUGAUUUUGUUUCAAUUGUAUUUAUGAUAGGGAUUCGUUUGCCAGUAUGAGUUCUGUCGGCAGUAACACGAGUGUUAAGCCACAAAUGCCAUUGCGGCAGAAGGAUUUUGAUCAGAUAUGGGGCGAUCUACAAGAAGGUAUCGAGCAAGUAUACAAGCGACAGUACAUGGUGAAGAAGAGAUACAUACAUUUGUAUACUCAUGUAUACAACUAUUGUACGUCCGUGAACCACCAAGGUUCUAGCUCUUCAGCCAGCAGAAAUAGCGCCAACAAUGGAGGCAGGAACAGCUACGGGGGCAAGAAACAGCUUUGUUCGCAGUCUGGGCAAGCCCCAGGUGGGGCUCAACUCGUCGGCCUGGAAUUGUACAAGAGGCUACGUGAGUUCCUUAGGAUUUAUCUCAUCAACUUACUCCAGAACGGUGCCGAUCUAAUGGGCGAAGACGUAUUGGCGUUCUAUACGAAGCAAUGGGAGGAAUAUCAGUUCUCGUCGCGAGUAUUGAACGGGGUCUGCGCGUAUCUCAACCGGCACUGGGUGAAGCGCGAGUGCGAGGAGGGCAGAAAGGGUAUCUACGAGAUCUACCAACUGGCUCUAGUUACAUGGCGCGAUAAUUUAUUCCAACGGCUAAAUAAGCAAGUCACCAACGCUGUUCUAAAACUGAUUGAAAGAGAACGCAACGGCGAGACCAUUAACACCAGACUUGUUUCCGGGGUGAUCGACUGCUACGUAGCUUUAGGCUUGAACGAGGAAGACCCCAGUGCCCGGGGUCAAAACUUAGCCGUUUACAAGGAGACCUUCGAAGCCGUAUUCCUCGAAGACACUGAGAGAUUCUACAUCAGAGAGAGCACAGAUUUUUUGAGGAACAAUCCUGUAACCGAGUACAUGAUUAAGGCUGAACAACGGUUACAAGAAGAGCAGCGUCGCGUACAAGUUUAUUUGCACGAAACUACUAUGGAGAGACUCGCUAAGACCUGCGAUCGAGUGCUCAUUGAGAAACACUUAGAGAUAUUCCACGCUGAGUUCCAGAAACUAUUGGACGGCGAGAAGAACGCCGACUUAGGCCGAAUGUACAGCUUGGUAGCUCGUAUUCCCGACGGUUUGUGCGAACUGAGACGUCUACUGGAACAACAUAUACACGCGCAAGGAUUGCAGGCCAUAGACAAGUGCGGCGAGAGUGCUCAUACGGAUCCGAAAGUGUACGUGUCAACAAUACUGGAAGUUCACAAGAAGUACAACGCGCUAGUUCUUGUGGCAUUCAACAAUGAUUCCGGUUUUGUGGCCGCCUUGGACAAAGCUUGUGGAAGAUUUAUAAAUAGCAACGCAGUGACCAAAGCCGCGAAUUCCUCAUCGAAAAGCCCCGAACUUCUCGCCAAAUAUUGCGAUUUACUGCUGAAGAAGUCCAGCAAGAACCCAGAGGAGGCAGAAUUGGAAGACACACUCAACCAAGUGAUGGUUGUGUUCAAAUAUAUCGAGGACAAGGACGUAUUCCAGAAGUUCUACAGCAAGAUGCUUGCCAAGAGACUGGUGCAACAUAUGUCUGCCAGCGAUGACGCAGAGGCCUCAAUGAUCUCAAAGUUAAAACAAGCGUGUGGCUUCGAAUAUACGAGCAAGUUGCAAAGAAUGUUCCAGGAUAUCGGCGUAUCCAAAGACUUGAACGAGAACUUCCGCAAGCAUAUGGUAGAUAGCGCUGAAUCGCCGCUGCACAUCGACUUCAGUAUCCAAGUGUUAUCCUCGGGAUCCUGGCCUUUCCAGCAGUCCAGCUGCUUCCAGCUGCCCACUGAGCUCGAGCGUUCAGUGCAUCGGUUCACAUCGUUCUACUCGGCCCAGCAUUCGGGCCGUAAACUUAACUGGCUCUACAAUAUGAGCAAAGGGGAAUUGGUCACCAAUUGCUUCAAGAACAGAUAUACCCUUCAAGCGAGCACUUUCCAAAUGGCCGUAUUGCUUCAAUACAACGAGAACACGGCGUGGACCGUGAGACAACUAGAGCAACACACCGGCAUCAAGGGGGACUUUUUGCUUCAGGUUCUUCAGAUACUGUUGAAAGCGAAAUUGCUCGUAUGCCAAGACGAUGAAUCAGAACUGACGGAAUCCUCUGUGGUGGAGCUCUAUGUAGGAUAUAAGAACAAAAAACUCCGAGUCAACAUCAACAUACCGCUGAAGACGGAACUGAAGGUGGAACAAGAAGCGACGCAUAAACACAUCGAGGAGGACCGCAAGAUGCUUAUACAGGCGGCCAUAGUGAGGAUAAUGAAGACACGCAAGACCCUGAAGCAUCAGCACCUGGUGGUGGAAGUGCUCAAUCAGCUCUCCUCAAGAUUCAAGCCACGCGUACCCGUUAUAAAGAAAUGCAUCGACAUACUGAUCGAAAAAGAAUACUUGGAGCGUACGGAAGGCGAGAAGGACACAUACAGCUACUUGGCAUGAUCGCGCCGCUUAAACGAUAAAUGAAUAUACAUAUAGUAAUACCACAAUGUAACGAUGAGUUUCAUUUAAUAAAAAACGAGCUAGCCUUAC